AAUGUUAUUCUCCAUGUUCAUUUGGGAAAGAAAUUAACCAGUUAGUGUUGUUCCGGUUGAUCCAGCAACUUCAGAAAUAUGUCACGGUUUAGAUCAUUGUGGCAAGCCUCGGUGAAUGCAACAAAGAAGGCUCUUACGUGGGAACUCGAAGAAUGGGUACCCCCUGUAGAGAAGUGUAUAUUCAAGUUCAAUUCAAAAGAAGAUCUCAAAACAUGGCACCUGUACUCUGAUUCUGAAUAUGGAGGAUUAUCUUCGGCUUCAUUGGAAAUUAAAGAUGGAGGAAAUGGAUCAGAUUGCACUGGUGUUUUCUCUGGGAACCUCUCUACGGAUAUGACUGAAGGUUCAAAAUGGAAUAUCAAUCGGAGUGGUUUCUGUGGAAUGCGGUCAAAGAAGUUUGAUGGCUUUAUUGAUCUCGAAGGGUAUGAUUCCAUAGCCCUGAGGCUCAAAGGAGAUGGAAGGUGCUAUAUCUCUACUAUAUAUACCGAGAACUGGGUGAACUCGCCAGGACAAGCAGAAGAUAACUCAUGGCAAGCUUUUGUUUUUGCUCCAAAGGGAAACUGGUAUACAGCUAAGGUUCCUCUUACUCGCUACUUACCAACAUGGAAAGGAAAUGUGAUUGAUGCAGAAAUGGAGAUGAAUCCAGGUCGUGUUGUUGGUAUGUCACUAUCUGUUAACGCACAAGGAGGUGGUUUCAUUGGAGCUAAAUCAGGUGCAGGCGAUUUCCGAGUCGAAAUUGACUGGAUAAAAUCAGUGAGAAUGCCAUGAAUGAUGAUAAAAAAGCUUUCUGAUGAACAAUUUGAGAACCAUAGAAAGAUUGUUGUUGUCUGGUUUACUUAUAAAACCAGGAUUUGGGU